GACACCAUAAAUUCCUUAGAGCAACCAAACAACGUAAGAGAGGGUUCAGAAAAUACCCAAAAGCCUUUCUUUCAUAAUCACAAACCAAAGAUUCAGUUGCAACACGACAACAACAUUGGACAAGAACCAGGCAUGGUUUGCUUUUGUUUUCUGGUGGAUCAGACAAAGAAAGUGAAGCGGAGCAAGCCGGUGGCCGGGUCCUGCUCGCGGUGCGGCGGAGGUGCCAGUGUGGCAGACAUGAUUACUCAAACCAGAUUUUGCUAUGUUCCUUUCUAUUGCAAAUCUUGGAAGGCUAUCAUGUGCACUUUCUGUGGAGCCAUGCUCAAGUCUUACACAUGAUCAUAAAUUAUUUUCCAGCAAAGUUUUAAAAUCGUAGCCACACUCACAUCAUUAAGGUUACAUACAUGCCAAGAAUCUUGGCAUUUCAACAGGCAAAUAUUGGUAGUGGAAUAUUGAUUAAAUAUCAUUUAUAAAGAUCUUUUAUUGUAUAAUAUACUAUUGUAGAGUUCUAGUUAAAA